AUGUCUGAUCUUUUUAAGUCAGCGAUAGGCUAUUUUAGCAACAGCAAUACUGAUCACAUAGACAACGAUUUUGUGGGUCAUGAGGUGGAAAUAGGAAAUGUCAAACUUCGUGUUAAAAGAGUGAUAGCUGAAGGUGGCUUUGCUUUUGUUUUCGUUGCCCAAGAUCCCAACAGCGGCAAAGAAUAUGCACUCAAGAGGCUCAUGGCAGCUGAUGAGGAGGCAAACAAAAAUAUUAUUCAAGAAAUCAAUAUUUUGAAGAGACUAUCAGGCCAUCCCAACAUACUCCAAUUCUUAUCUGCCUCUUUUAUUGACAAGGAUAAAACAGCACAUGGUAUGAAGGAGUAUUUAUUGGUGACAGAAUUGUGUGCUGGUGGAAGCUUAGUUGAUGUCCUGAAAGCCCGUACAAAGCCUUUGCCUCCAGAUGUAGUCUGUCGAAUUGUAUAUCAAGCAUGCCGAGCUGUUCAACAUAUGCACAGUCAAGAGCCUCCCAUCACACAUCGAGAUUUGAAGAUUGAAAAUCUUUUACUUGGAUCUGAUGGACUAUUAAAACUUUGUGACUUUGGUAGUUCAACUGCCCAAACAUGGAAUGUUGAUGUAUCAUGGUCAGCAGCUCAGAGAUCACUUCUUGAAGAUGAGAUGGGCCGAUUUACGACUCCAAUGUACCGUGCUCCUGAGAUGCUUGAUACCUGGAGCAAUUACCCUAUAGGCCCAGCAAGUGAUGUUUGGGCUCUAGGCUGUAUUGUGUAUAUGUUGUGCUUCAUGAAGCAUCCCUUUGAAGAUUCUGCCAAGUUACGCAUUAUAAAUGCUAAUUUUGUUAUCCCUGCAGAAACUACCUACCAGGAUUUUCAUUCAAUAAUUAGAUCUUGUUUAAAAGUAAAUCCAGCUGAAAGAGCAAGUGUAGCUGAUGUUCUUGGCCAAGUAGCAGCAGUAGCAGAUACCAGAGGGUUUAACUUGAAGGAGCCCCUCAAUUUAGAGGGGAAAAGGCUAGACGCUGCAUCUGUUGCCCAAUACCAACAGCAGGCACAGACUCAAGCAGGCCAAUCUCCAUCAGCACCACCAAGGACAUCCUCUAACUCCACUCCACCUCAAAAGCCACUACCUCCUAGACCCGCCGUGUCUCCGGCAAGGCAGCCUUCACCCACCCCACAGCAUCACACUCCACCUCAGAGAUUUUCUGGUCCUCAGGUGGGGGAGUCUCAGGCUUCUAGUUCUAGUGGCUGGAAAGUUUUUAGUAAUAUGACACCUGGAAGUGGUGGUGGACUUUUCUCCUCAAUUAAAGGUGGUGCGGGGAGCUUUUUAAAGAAUUUGAAAGAUACUUCUACUAAAGUCAUGCACACCGUUCAACAAAGCAUUGCUCGAUCCGACUUGGAUCUAAGCUACAUUACUUCUCGUCUUCUGGUCAUGCCUUACCCAGCUGAAGGUUUGGAGACUGCUUACAGAACAAAUAAUGCUGAGGACAUUAGAGCUUUACUGGAGGCAAGACACAUGGGUCGCUAUUGCAUAUACAAUGUUUCUGGUCGCAGUUACCCUCCUGGUAGAUUAGGCUCAGGAAGAGUCACAGACUGCUGUUGGCCAGGAGGCCCUUUACACAGAACUCCUUCGCUGUCAUCCAUUUACAAAAUCUGUUGUGAUAUGCAAAUAUUUUUAGAGGCCGACUCAAAGAAUGUCUGUGUUGUUCACUGCACGGAUGGAAAGGCAAACUCCGCAUUGCUUAUCUGUGCGUUUUUGAUAUUUGUUGAUCUAUUUGAGAGGCCUGAGGAUGCUGCUCAAAUGUUUGCUGUGAAGAGAAUGCCUCCAAGUAUAAGACCAUCGCACAUGAGAUAUUUGCAUUACUUCUCUGCAGUUUUAAAACCAAGCCCAACAAACAGCAUACCUUUGAUCCCCCACUCAAGACCCAUUACCUUAGCUAAUGUUACACUCCAACCUAUUCCUCUGUUUACGAAAGUCAGAGAUGGAUGCAGGCCAUUCAUUGAAGUCCAUCAGGGUGACGAUCGAGUACUAUCUACUAUGCAAGAUUAUGAAAGAAUGCGCCUAUUUAAUGUAACUGAAGGGAGGAUCACAAUACCUCUAAAUGUUACCUUAAUUGGUGACAUAACCAUUGUUGCCUACCAUGCUCGCAACAUGCUCGGUGGUGUGAUGAGCCAAGGAAAGCCAACAGGCAUCAAAAUUGCCCAGGUGCAGUUCCACUCUGGAUUCAUUCAGGAAAAUGAAACUAGCUUGACCUUCAACAGGAAUGUUUUGGAUGACAUGGCUGAUCCAGAACAUUAUCAAGACAAAUUUGAGGUUCUUGUUCAAAUUAGUGUUGGAAGUAACCCACAGCAACCUUCCCAACGUCCAUUAUGGGAGUCUCAUGCAUCCCGAAAUGCAUCAGUCGAACUUCUUUUUUCUUCUCGUAUUGAAAGAGAUGAAUGCUUUGACAGUUUUGUUACGCGGCCAGCAACUGCUCCUAGAAAUCAAAAUAACACUCCACCUCCUAGACCAUCCUCAAGGCCACCUCCACCCAAACCACCACCACCACACAUAGAAACUAAUAAUGUUCAGGAGUUCAGUGACACUGUACCUCAGGAGCCACCAGAAGGCGUUGAAAGUCAUUUAGAGGAAGAAGCAGAUCUUCUAAACCUGGGUGGCGGAAAUGCAGCUUCCUCAACAUCGACAUCAAUUGAUACUGUUUCAGGAAAUACUCACGGAGUUGACCUGCUUAACAUUGCUGAAGGGAUUAGUGAUUCAAGUAAUGUUGAUCUACUGGGUGGGUUUGUGAGUGGGUCAACAUCUAGCAAUGUACCUACUCCAAGUCAGUCAAGGGGCUUCCUGGAUGAGUUAUUGGAAAGUUCCAUGUCAACAUCCCCAAACUCUCAACAAAAAAGUCAGGCUGCACCAACUCCUCAGAAACCAACUGAGCCAAGUAUCAUGCUGGAUCCAUUUGGUGCUAGCUCGCAGAGUUUUAUCAAUGGAAUGACUAACUCAGCUACAGCAAGCAGUGUUGGUGGAGUGAGUGCAGGAAUUGGGGGAAUAAAUAGUACUUUCAUGAAACCUCAACAGCAGAGCUCUCCUUUAGUAAGCCCUGCAGGCUCAAUGCCACGCAAUGGAAGUACACCAAAUUUAGAUAAUGGAAAACGGGACCCAUUUGCUGAUUUAGGCAAUUUGGGAGCAACUUUAGGUGCAAGUAGCAGUCCUGCAAGUGGCUGGGCCACUGGAGGAUCAAAGCCUACGUCACCAAUGAAUGGUAGUCCACAACACAGAUCCACUAACUGGAAUGCUGCUCAGGGUGCUACCAGCCCUAUGCCCGGAAUGACUCCAACGGGCACUCCAGUGCAUCAAAUGAAGUCUCCCAUGGAUGGUCCAAGCAGGCCAGACUACAGCCGUUCACAUUUUGAUACUGCAUUCAAACCAUCUGACUCAGGUAAAGGAAAAGCCGGAGCCAAAGGGUCUGGAGAUGUGUUUGGUGACCUCCUUGGAAGUCAAGGGUACGAGUUUUCAACGAAGAGAGAUGCUGGCCCUCGUACAAUUAAUGAGAUGCGUAAAGAAGAAUUGGUUAGAGAGAUGGAUCCUGAGACACUGAAGAUAAUGGAAUGGAAAGAAGGGAAGAAGAAUAAUAUUAGAGCAUUGUUAUGCUCUAUGCACAUGGUGCUGUGGGAUGAUGCCAAGUGGAACAAAGUAGAAAUGCACCAGUUGGUGUCAGCAGCUGAUGUAAAGAAGGCCUACCGCAAAGCUUGUCUUGCAGUGCAUCCUGACAAACAAAUGGGUACGCCAAAUGAAAAUAUGGCCAAGCUUGUGUUCAUGGAACUCAACAAUGCCUGGUCAGACUUUGAAAACGACGCUGGUCAGCAAAAUAUGUUUGGUUAAAAUACAUUAUUUCAUUUUUCUCCUUUGCUUCUUUUGCCAUCAUGAGUCAUUUUAUGAGAUAAAUGCAGAAAUGUUUGAAUUUCGCCCCUUAGGAGUUCCUGUUAAUGCUUGUUGAAGGUCAAGUUUCUCAGUGACUCACAAACACUCAGUUUCCUUCAAUCCUGAGUGUCAUGACAACUCCAGACUAGCUUUAAAAUUGAACUUGCAUUUUUAGCUUUAAGAAAAGUAAUCACUGUUGAUGAUUGGAUUCUUAAUAUGCGUUUAACUUUGUUCAAUUUUAAGAAUGAAGCAAGGUGGUCAUAUUUGACUGCAUGUGUGUAACUGCCAGCAGAUAAAGUGGGCAAUCUCACUGACCUGGCUGCUAUGUAUGUAUGUAUUUGAUCUCAGUGCACUCGUUAUCAUAUUAUUUAGACAAAGUAUGUGAUCCUCAAAAGACCUCAAAGAAUACUAUUGUAAAGAAUGCAGUCUGUUUCUUAUAAAGAACACAGCUUGUUUCUGGAUGAGAGGUGGUUAUUAUUACUCUUACACUACAAGAAACUAGCUUCCUGUGGUGACUUUGGAAUGUUGCAAUAAUAUGUAGGUGUGUUUGUUUAUGUAUGUAUAUGUAUUUCUUUGAUGUUAUGUGUAAAAAAUGCUCAUGCAGCAGAUGAUUUGUAGCUCUUAAUUAUUGAUCUGUGGUGAUUGUUAAAAUUGCACUGUAUUGAGAUUUUAUCGUAUUUUUAUGAAUAUUAUGGGAUGUUGAAAUUUUAUGCUGUAUUAAGUACACAUUAUGUUCACAGUUGUGAGAGUAGAGCACUCUUAUCUCAUUCUCAUGACACUAUUGAUUUGUCACAUUCCAUAGCUUAUGUGAUCAAUAAUGCCAAAACAUUUUGACUAAAACAGGUAGGUCUGCCCAAUUAUUCUUUGCUGUGUGUGUUUAGUUUUCUUUGGAAAAUAAUGUUUAUCAAAUUCUAUAACUCUGAUUUAUUUUUAAUCAUCUCGCUCACUCCAUAGUAUUGCCGCUAUUAGUUUUUGUGUAUGUUGAUUAUCAAUAUAAUUUUUUUCUUGUUACCGUUCCCUUAAUGAGUGCACAUUCCUUGAAGAAGUGUACUGGUAAAAUUAAUUGUUAUUUUGUUUUUAAUUUAGUGCAUUGUAUAAUUAUGCAAUUGGCUUUCAAACGGAUGUCACUCAACUGUUUUACAAAUUCUACUUAUGAUAUUGAUGAAUAUGCAUGUUAAUAAUGUUCUAAGUUUACAUCCUUCCCGUGUAUGGUAUUUCUGCUUGUAUUGUGGUGUGAGUAUCCACAUUUAAUGCUCUGUGAUGCUUGGCUUGGAUGAGCUAUUAUCUCCUUUAUAGAGGUAUAUCAUGUUAAAUAUAUGUAAAUAGUCCUGUCAUUAUGUUUUUUCAAAGAACAAGGGUUGCUUUAGUUAGUGGGUACAUCCAUAUCCCGCACUGAGCUUCUGAGAUGUUGAAAGUAGGCUUUUAUGCUAGUAAUCAUCACAUUGACCAGAUAUGGAUCACAAUACCCUUCAGGUGAUAAAGCCGUUGUAUUUUUGGUUGACAAAUGUGUUAGGAUGUUUUCAUACUCGAGAAAUUUUAUUUAUUCUCAUUGAAUUGUUUUAAUGAUAAGUAUGUAAAAAAGUUGUGCCUUUUUACGAAA